AUGCGACGUCCGUUGUCACCAACGCUAGCAAAGCUGGCCGAGCAGGAGCUGAACGAAACGCCCGACAGGAUACAGCAGGACAUCAUCAUAUUGCGCGUCUGGAUACGCCAGCAGCCACAUUUGCGCGCCCGCACCGAGGACGACUUUCUGAUCGCGUUUCUGCGCCGCUGUCGCUAUAGCCUGGAGGAGACCAAGCGGCGCCUGGACCGUUACUUCACCUACUAUAAUCUCUUUCCAGAAAUUAUGAGCAAUCGCUAUAUCACACAGCGACUGCUGGAUAUCAAUCGAUUGGGGAUCUGCCUGUAUCCGGAUUUGCCCAAGUGUGACAACCGCACCGCCCUGUUCAUAGCACGUUUUGGCAAGCUUGAUCCCAACCAGUAUAGUCUGCGCGAGAUUUAUCAUUUCACUUCCAUGGCGAUGGAAAUUGUUGCGCUGGAGAAUGAUUACGCAUCUGUGGCGGGUAUUUGUGAGAUUAUCGAUUUGGAGGGCGUCACCUCGGAUGGGAUGCGCCGCUUCGAUAAGCAAUUCUUUCGCAAAUGGUGGAACUGGCUGCACGACUGCAGUCCACUGAGAAUCAAGGAAGUGUAUGUCAUCAAUAUGCCGAAGGACAUACAAGGCCCCAUUAUGUUUCUCUACAAUGUGCUCAGCAUGCAGGUCAACUAUCCGAUACGCGUGCUGAAAAACAGCGAGGAACUCUUUGACCACAUCGGCAAAGCCAGCCUGCCCGAGGAAUACGGCGGCACCAAUGGCCACAUGGCCGAGAGCGUUGCCUAUAUGGAGGAUUUGCUAAACAGCUAUCGUGGCUACUUUGAGCAGGAGUACAAGUAUGGCACCGUUGAGGAGCUACGACCGGGCGAGGUAGCCAUGUACGAGGCCGAGUUUGGUGUCAAUGGCUCCUUUCGCAGGCUGAACUGGGAUUGA